AUGAAGGGUGGAGGAGUAGGAAGAGGAGUUGGGGGUGUAAAUGAAGGAGGGGGAGUAGGAAGAGGUAAUGGUCAUGAUGGUGGUUGUGUUGUUUAUGAUGAUGAUGUUGAUGAUGAUAAUAAUGAUGAUGAUAUUAGUGAUGAUGCUGCUGCUGCUGAUGAUAAUGAAGGUGAUGAUGAGGAUGAUGAAGGUGAUGAUGAGGAUGAUGAAGGUGAUGAUGAUGAUGAUGAAGGUGACAAUGAUGAUGGUGAUGAUGAUGAUGAUGAAGGUGACAAUGAUGAUGGUGAUGAUGAUGAUGAUGAAGGUGACAAUGAUGAUGGUGAUGAUGAUGAUGAUGAAGGUGAUGAUGAUGAAGGUGAUGAAGGUGAUGAUGAUGAUGAAGGUGAUGAUGAUGAUAAUGAAGGUGAUGAUGGGGAUGAUUGUGAUGAUGGGGAUGAUUGUGAUGAUGAGGGUGACAAUAUUAAUGAUUAUGAUGAUGAUGAUUAUGCUGAUGAAGAUGAUAAUGAUGAUGCUACUGCUGCUGCUGAUGAAAAUGAUGAUGAUUGUGAUGACGAUGAUGAUAAUGAUGACAAUGAUGAUGGACAUGGUUAUUAUGAUAAUGUUGAUGAUGAUGAUGAUGAUUCAAAAAUGAUGAAUGAUGAUAAUGACAACGAUGAUGAUAAUGACAACGAUAAUGAUGAUGAUAAUGAUGAUGAAGAUGAUAAUGUGACAAACUUGUCGGAGGACAAAUAUGUAAGGUUAGGGUUGCAAUAG